AGCUUCAUAGAGAGACAUAAAGGAGAAAGAGAGACAGAGCACGAGCUGGAGUGUUUUCUUUACUAACACACGCAGAUAUACGUACACAGUGUUGGUGCACGGAUCACGGCUGCUCACUCCUGAAGCUCGAGCAGCCUUGAGAACGAAAUUCUUUCUUGAAUACUUUUCCUGAAUUGACUGGAGAUGGCCUUAAGCGGGACCAUUUUGCCAUCCAUUUCAACUUUCUCCGUGCAGAGGGAAAAAUGCUGGGAAAACAGAUGGAAGGAUGAGUCCUUGCUGUCCAGCUGCUCAGCUGAUCUGUCUCAGGGCAUGAGCGCCUUUGUUAGAGGAGAUGAUGAAGACCUUGACAAAUACCUGGACCUGGAAUUUAUUCUGGCCAACACGGCAGGGUCAGAGAGCCUCUCGGCACAAGGCAUGAGUGUGGCAAACGACUACAGGAUGCAGGAGUGCAGAAAUGUGUACACAUCAGCUCCUUCUUCGGUGUAUUCAGUGCCCGAGCUGAACACCUCUCCACCACCUUACGGCGUCAGCCUGAUGGCCGAGCUCCUGCGUCCAGAGGUGGAUACAUACUGCCCACCUCCUCCUCAUCCUCCUCCCAACAGCAACACCAUUGUCCAGGGAAGAUUCCUGGUCCGGUCGGCGUUCUCCAAUCAGGAUGUCGCAGAGCACAUCAAAGUGGAGCCGUGUAUGGAUGGUUACGGACCUGUAGUGGGCAUGGUGCCUAAAAUUAAGCGAGAGAGCGACAGUUCUUGCAUGAGGGCUUACGAACAGCCUCUGCUUGCUCAUUCGCCUCAGGGAUCAGGGAGCAUGACGCCGCCUUUGAGCCCAGCCGAGAUCAACGCACUUAACACAGACGCUCAGAGCCAGCUGUGCCACUCGGUGCCAUAUUCACAGAGCUAUGCAUGCCACGGCCCCACACACAUACAGCUCCCGUAUCAAAGUGCACCACCUCGCUUCGACACCAUGGCAGUGCCAAACGGCGGGCAGAGGGUUCUCCUUACACCUCCUUCGUCCCCGUUAGAGCUAGACGCCAAACCAAAGAGGGGGAGACGCACGUGGCCAAGGAAGAGAACAGCAACUCAUACGUGCACUUACGCCGGAUGUGGCAAGACUUACACCAAGAGCUCACAUCUGAAGGCGCACCAAAGGACACACACAGGUGAGAAACCUUAUCACUGCAGUUGGGAAGGUUGCGGUUGGAAGUUCGCCCGCUCUGAUGAACUGACUCGUCAUUUCCGGAAGCACACUGGUCACCGACCCUUCCAGUGUCACCUCUGCGAGCGUGCCUUCUCCAGGUCUGACCAUCUCGCACUGCACAUGAAGCGCCACAUGUAGAACCUGGAACCGAGCAUGGACUAAAGCGCAGUGCUAUCCUGUGACGAUUAAGAUGUUCUUCUUUUAUUGCUUUAGACAGCAGAGGUUCUCAAUCCAAGCUUCUUGAGAAACUCUAAUCUAUAGACUGGACAUUGUGCUGAAUGUUAUGCAACCAUUUUCCUCUCAUGAUGUAGCUGGUACUACUUUUUUUUUAUAUUUGACAAAGAUUAAAAAAAGAAAAGACACAGAACCACUUGUAAGAAUGAGUAGGCUGGACCUGCACAACUCUGACGCAACUGGAAUCAGUAGAAACAUGCAACAUGAUGUGCCUCUCACGUCACGAUCGUGCCUUUUAUUAUUAUAUUUUUAAAUAAAUUGCAUCUAGACUAUACAUCUCAAGCGCCAUAAAAUGAUCUUAUAUGUAAAAAAAAAUGAAAUAAGCUUUCAGACAAUGUUUUUAUUUUUUAAAACUGCCACUCAAGCCAUGUGAAAACUGAAUGUUUUGGACAGUAUAUUUGUAUAUUAACCUUUAAAUCAGGGUCUUUUUUUUAUUUUUUAUUUUAAUGUUUUAUAAGUAUUUUAAAUUGUAUUACAAACUGUCCCCAUGUUCAACAUGACAUGAAAAGGGCUACAAUUUUGAACUGUGUUUUUGGGACAAAGUCUUUUGACUUGUACAUAAUUUAUGUGAUGUAAAUAGUGUAUUUACUGUACAUAUUAAACUUAACUGAGAUUCUA